UGUUAGUUAAAAGCUUCAUGAGUUCGAUAUUCUAUUGGUAGAAUGGUUCAUGCAGUCAGAUUUCCCAGUGCCAAGCCUAACCUGGACUAAGGUACAGUUGCCCCGCGCCCCACUAAAGAAACAACGGCCUAAAAUGAGACACCGACUCUUAAUCUUUCGAGUUCCAUCUUGCUGAGAGCAGGUGGGAUGAAGUCAUAACAGUUUUUACUUAUUCAAUAACCAGGAAUAAUAGAUUCACUGGUCUAACCUAGGUUACGACAAUGACACUUUGGGACCUAACUUGUCAACUGUCAAUCUAUCUUGCAUAGCUUGUCCUUCUCCUCCGCACUUCUGACUUUGCUCCUCGAGAACGGCUGGAACGAUACAUCCACCCGCCAUGCAAAACAAUAUCCUCGCGGUUCCUUUCCGGAAGGCCGCCCAUCUUUCGCUAUCGUCAGCUAUUCGACAAUACAUAUCGACCAAGUAUGACCAACACCCGGACAUGUUCCGUCAAGACCUGGAGGUUAUCGAUGCCCUAAGACGCGAUGCCAUCAACGUGCGAGAACCACAUCAAAGUGGCGUUGCGAGACUGCAAGCCUAUGCAGGACAGUUGGUCUGGAUAGGUGGGAAAUUCCCUAUAGAUAUCGGAGCAGACUUCACAUGGUAUUCCGCCUUGGGCUACAACACCGAACGACCCAUUGUACACAAUAAUCUUAAAUUCGAACUAGCCAACAUUUUAUAUAAUCUCGCCGCCUUAUACUCCCAGCUAGCUAUAGCUAGCAACCGCUCGACGACAGAUGGCCUCAAGACUGCCGCUAGCUAUUUCAGUCAGUCCGCAGGUGUUUUGGCACAUGUAAAGAACGAGAUUUUACCCGAGCUACGGACUACACCACCAGAAGAUAUGGACGAACAUACCUUGGGCUCGUUAAUACAGCUACAAUUAGCCCAGGCUCAGGAAUGCUACUGGCAAAAGGCCGUUAUGGACGGCUACAAGGAUGCAUCCAUUGCGAAACUAGCUGCUAAGGUGUCGGAUUUAUAUAACGAAGCAGGAGAGGCUGCUAUGCGUUCCGAGGCUAUCAGCAGUAGUUGGAUUCACCACAUGAGCGCAAAACACCACCACUUUGCCGCUGCUGCUCAAUAUCGUGCGGCUUGCGACUGCCUGGAGAAGCGAAAAUACGGCGAGGAAGUGGCCAGACUACGCGACGCCGUGGCUUGUGUUGCCGAAGGGCUGAAGGAGAGUCGCGGUGGCUACUUGCAUAAGGCGGUAGUAGACGAUUUAAAUGCGCUCAAGAAGAGAGUAGAUGAAGACCUCAAGCGGGCAGAAAGGGAUAAUGAUGUGAUUUAUCUAAACCCAGUGCCCCCGAAGGCCGAACUAAAGAUUCUUGAUCGAGCUACUAUGGCCUCUACACGGAUACCGCCGCAAGUAUCGGCGCCCCUGGACUACCUCAGCGAGAAGGGCGAUUUCGGACCUCCGCUUUUCACAAAGCUUGUUCCAUACUCCGUACACAUCGCCGUCUCCAUUUAUGAAGAACGAAGGGAUCGUCUGGUUAAUCAAAAUAUCAUUGCGGAAUUAGAGACACUAAAUGAGAGCAUACAUGAAGUCCUUUCGUCGCUAAAUCUUCCUGGCUCCCUUCAAGCUUUUGAAAAGCCUCUUGGUUUGCCUGGGACUUUGGUCCAACAUGCCGAGGAAAUUCGCCAAGCAGAUGCAUUACAUCGCUUACAAAGAAGUUUCGCCGAUAUUGACAAGCUACGCGCCGCCGACUUCGCCAUGUUCGAGGAGGGGAGAGAUUUGUUGCAAACGGAAGAAGAGGAAGAUGCCCAGCUACGUAGAAAACAUGGCACGGAACGAUGGUCGAGGCCCGAAAGCCGCUCUGAACCAGACCAGGGUGUUAAACUGUGGAAUCAGGUAGCGGACGCGGAAGGCUGGUUUGCAAAUAGUGCGAGUAGUGAUGGAGUUGUACGCGACAAAUUUUACAACAUAGAGCCGACAUUAGUCGUCCUUUCCGGACCUGACCGUGGCUUACUAGAUUUUGUCCCUUCGUCGCGGCGCACUGAGAUCCCGGAAUCGCUCAAGCCAGCUAUCGGCCGUUUACGCACUGCGUACAACAACAUAGCACGUCUCGAAGGUCGUCGCCGUAGAAAAGCCGAAGCUCUUCGCGAGAAGGCCCGCAACGACGACAUCAAAUCCGAUAUCCUCGCCGAGGCAGCCCGUUUAGAACGUGCCCAUACGGUAGCAACCGCUAUUGUGCCUGCGCAUUUCGAAGACUUCUUCGAGAAACGACUGGACAAACUCUACGAACCGGACCUCGAGCUGGUACAGGCCGAAGCUUCCGAGCAGGAAAAGUUCAUUACAGAGUUAAUACGGGUAAACCGCGAGUUUGAAGGUCAGAAGAAGAUGGUGGGCGACAAGGGUAAUAGGGAGAGGGAGCAGGCGCUUCAGAAACUGGAGAAUGCCUACUACAAGUACAAGGAGCUAAUCAGCAACGCGGAAGCCGGCCGCAAGUUCUACAACGAUCUCAGCCGCAUAAUAGGCGGCUUUAGAGACGGAGCACGUACUUUCGUGGCCGAAAGGAGACGCGAAGCGCGGAUGCUGGAGGACGAGUUGAACAUGCCACCGUUGAAUAACCUGAGCUUGGGAGGACCCUCAAGUCGUGUCCAACAACAACAAUCAGCAGCAGCACAGUCGGUCAGCUCCUCCUCGAGCGCUUGGGACGCUAGCUCGAGUUACAAAGUACCAAGGAUGCAAUCUCCCCCGCAGAGCUCCUUCAUGCCGCCGCCUGCACCACCACAACCGCAACCACGGCAACAACAAGUCCACGCCCCUCUCGAGGCGCAAAUCCAAUCCUGGGCGCCCGCCAGCGAAACCGUCGCACCCCAGCCGCAGCUCCCAAGAGCGAACCCCAUGCAGGGGGUCUGGAACCCCGGCGUCGGCAUCAAGUUCGCUAACACGCCACCCCCUCCUGCCGCGGGAGGAAGUGCCCAGCAGCAGCAGGAUAGUGGUAGUGGUAGGAGGCCGGUUAGUGGGACUUGGGAUCGCAGCGGCGCGAUUCGGUUCGGUUAGGAGGCGAAUACUUCGCGGCGUGUGGGUAGGGAUGGGCAUGAAAUAUGAGAUGGUGGUGAAGAUGGCGAUGGCUGGGUAGAGUUGAGCCUGAGAAAGGAGAUUGUGAUGAGGUUGGUUGGUUGGUUGUUGUAAGUACCUAGUGCUUUUUAAAUUAUUGCCCUGCAUAGGUAGGUAGGUAAUGCUUGCUUAAAGCAAUAAGAAGAACUUGGAAGAGACGAAUGAAAGAAAGAAAUAUUAUGCAGAUAAUAUUAAAGUAUCAGUGUCAGUAUUAUUGGAUGAAUGUUCUCAAGUACUAUAUAUAUAUAUAUAUCAGGUCGGCGGUUUGGGCUGGGCUGAGCCAUAGAGUACUAGGUAGGCAUCAUAAUAUAGUUCUACAACUCGUCUCAUAAGAUGUAUAUAUAUAUAUAUAUAUAUAUA